AUGGUUCAGAUUGUUGACGACACUCCACCUGGGAGAGCGUCUGCAGAUACUCUGUCUAAUAAUAGAGACAUUCUAGGAGGCGAUGCUAAAAACCUAAUUGAGUUGCAAUCAUGGGACCUUGGAUUUAUACCGAUUCCAAAGAGACUUCGCUGGGAUCCCGACAAUCCAAUACAUUUCGGGCUUGCGUUAAACAUUGUUUUGGGCAUCGCGGGUACUUUCAUCGUCACGAAUCUGUAUUAUUGCCAACCAAUCCUGAUCCAGUUGGCUGACUCCUUCAAUGCAUCUUUCGAUGAAGUAUCGAGAAUCCCAACAUUGGUUCAAGCAGGUUAUGCCGGCGGUCUUUUGCUCAUAUCUCCGUUGGGUGACCUCGUCCGGCGCCGCUCGCUCCUGCUAGUCGUUGUAUUCAUUUCAUCGACUCUUACCAUCGGGCUCGCUCUCACACAGUCCUUGGUCGCCUUUGAAGCCCUCUCCUUCCUUAUCGGCGUUUUCAGCGUCGCACCCCAGAUUCUCAUGCCACUCGCUGCCGACCUCGCCCCGCCUGAAAAACGCGCGACUGCUAUAUCCAUCGUUAUGUCCGGUCUGCUUCUCGGCAUUCUGAUCGCGCGCGUUAUCGCUGGUAUCAUUGCGCAGUUUGCAUCGUGGCGCGUCGUAUACUAUAUGGCGAUCGGCGUGCAGUAUGUCGUGCUUGUAGCGCUGUGGGCCGUGCUGCCGGACUACCCUGCGAAGAAUGUCGGCGAGGAGCUCACGUAUUGGAGUAUCCUCUGGUCGAUGGCAAAUUUGGCGGUCACAGAGCCUGUGCUUAUCCAGGCGUGUCUGAUCAACAUGGCAUCGAUGGCGUGCUUCACAAAUUUCUGGGUCACGCUCACAUUUCUCUUGGGGGAAGCCCCGUACAACUACUCGACGUUGGUUAUUGGAUUGUUUGGCCUGGUAGGUAUGGCAGGUGUGCUGAUGAGUCCAAUACUCGGACGUGUGAUAGACCGCUUGGUCCCGUGGUACGCCUCGCUCAUAUCUACGAUAUGCCUGCUUGGAGUCCAGUCCAUAAACACUGGCGCUGUAGGACUGAAUGUUGGGGCGGUCAUCGUAGUUUGUUUGGGGCUAGAUGUAUUCCGUCAGAUGCAGCAAGUAUCGUUGACGACAUCAGUAUAUAGAAUAUCAUCCAACGCUACAGCACGACUUAAUGGCGUUCUUCUCGUCGCUAUUUUCCUCGGUCAGAUCAUGGGAACCGCUGUUGGCACAAAGGUGUUCAAUGAACACGGCUGGCGUGCAGCCGCAGGUCUUUCCCUAGCCUGGACUGGUUUGCAACUGCUGAUCUUGGUCGUCCGUGGACCGCAUUGCAAGCAGUAUACCUGGUUCGGAUACGAGGGCGGGACAGCAUGGCGGAAGGAGUCACAUCUGCCGGUUACAGAAGAGUCAAUAGAGAGCAAGAAGGAAAACGAGGGUAACAAGCUUGGAGAGAAGGAUCCAUCUGACGGAGUUUCACACUCGCGUAAGACUGAGAUAGUGUGAUAGAAUACACCAUUCCGUUCCAUGAUGAGACCCAUUCUCCUGG